AUGAAGGCCUUUUCUUACUUCAGCUAUGCCCUGCUAGCAUUUGUCUCACUCACUGAAGCUCACCCGGGGAUGGGUGACACGAUGAACGAAAUGCGCUACCUUGCUGCUCGUGAGAAGCGUGCAGCUUCGAAAGAGCUCAUUGGCGACCUCAAGACACUGGCAGACUCCAAACUCACUGCUAUUGGCAAGGACAUCAAAGCCAUCAUACUUGACCAAACGUCUGCUGAGUCGGCUACCAUCGAUGGCUCCAUUCCGGCUGGCAACAUCGGAAGCGCUGCCUGCAAAGCUGAUCCGUGCUGCCAUUGGAAAUGGUUGGCGUACGAAAUGACCGCCAAAUUCAACGGUACAUCCGGUCGUUGCAGCAAGUUUGCUCGUCAAGCCGUCCGCUUGGGUUUCCAUGAUGCGGCCGUCUGGUCUAAGAGCAGCAGUUAUGGUGGUGCAGAUGGCAGUAUCCUCCUCAGCGACGAGAUGUCGCGUGCGGACAACAACGGUCUUUCAGCAAUCGCUGAUCAAACAAAAAAGUGGUACACCAAGUACAAUCAAUACGGCAUGAGUAUGGCAGAUAUCAUCCAAUUCGGUGCCAAUGUCGCGACCGUCGUUUGCCCGCUUGGACCACGACUUCGAACUUUCGUUGGGCGCAAAGAUAACAGCAAAGCUGGCCCUACCGGUCUUCUUCCUGGAGAAAAGGACUCUGCAGAUAAGCUCAUCAAACUUUUCCAAGACAAGACGAUCGAUGCUCACGAUCUUGUUGCUCUUGUCGGAGCGCACACUACUUCGCAACAACACUUCGUCGACACCACUCGCGACGGUGACCCACAAGACUCAACUCCCGGUAUCUGGGAUAUGGCUUUCUACCCGCAGACUACGAAUAACGCGCCUGUCCGUGUCAUCAAAUUCCAAAGCGACAUCAACUUGAGUAAGGACUCUAGAACAAGUCCUUCGUGGCAGCAGUUCAGCGAUCGGGCUACUGCUCAGGGCCGAUGGAACGCGGACUAUGCUAAGGCUUACACGCGCUUGUCGCUUCUCGGCGUGAACAACAUCAACGACCUCAAAGAAUGCACCAAGGUCUUGCCCGCAGAACGGCCUACAUUUGUUAGCGAGGAUCAGGUCUUGCUCGACAGGUGGCUCAACGGCGAAUUCGAUCAACUUAAUAACUUGGUGGAUGAUGCUAUUCAGCUUACAGACAUGCAUCAAUUUCACGCCAUGAAAUUACCACCCAAUGUUCCCAAGUCUGCUAUCGACAAGUAUGUUCCGAUCAAGCUCAUUAGCGAAAGCCCAAAUAGCCUCGUUAUUGCUGUAAUCCCCAACAACCUCGUCAAGCCAACCCCCUCUUCUCUUUUAGCACUGAGAAUUCCUCGUUCAAGAGAAGAACGUGGAGCACUCUUAAGACAGAUCGAAUCACUCCUUAGUAUCAAGACUCGCCGCGUCACCAGAGUCAUCGACUAUGACCCAAGAGGAAACUGGUACAUCACGUCCUUCUGCCAUGGCCGUGACCUGCAACACCUCAAGGAAAACUUCUUUCAAGAUGGCUUCCCGCCUUUCCUCAUCUGCAAGAUCUUUGACGAAGUCAUGGCUGCUCAAGGCACCGAGCUUGGGCCGAAAGGAAUUUGUCACACGGAUCUGGAGGGAAGCAACAUCAUACUGACGCCUACGAAGAAGGAGGAGUUUCCGAUAGUAAAGAUUGUGCAUCUCAACGGUAUCGUGACCUGGGAUGAGCAAGCCGUUGUCAAACAGAUGAUCAGGUUGCUACGAUAUCUAACCAACAGCGCAUCACGCAUACCGGAAAGAUACCGCAUGAACAAGAACGGAGACAAAUUGGAGUACGUGAUUAAAGACGAAGAUACCAACAGCCUAAGAAUCGGCGAUGACUUCUAUUCGUUCAUCGCGAACUAUGAUCUGGAAGGGAAUACACCGUGGGAGGAUCUCAAGAGCAGGUGGAUGAAUGAGGCAACUGCCUUGAUGAAAGAACUGUACGAUUCUGAAAGGUUAUUGGAUGUCAUGGAGAUCAUCAUGGAGCCAAAGGUUACAGACGAUGAGUUUAGAGAGGCGGUGGAGGACGGUGGAAUGGACAUUAUUGACGAUAGAGAUCUGUAG